UGCUCCAGCCGGGUUUUCGGCUCUAGUUAGCGAAGAUGGCUGAGAAAGACGACAGCGCCGGUGAGCCUGGAAAAGACAAAAACGAGCUGCAGGUUAUGAAGGAGCUGGUGGAUGAACUGUAUACCUUCAGAGAUUGUUAUUUCGAGACGCACCGUGUGGAGGAAGCUGGACAGAAGCAGAGUGAUGUCGCACAGGAGAUGGAGCGGACACUGUCCAAGCUGGAGGAGCUAGAAGAGCGCUUCAAGCACAAAGCAGAGUUUUUGCUGCUGAAGGGCAGGUGUCUGAACGUGACUCCAGACUUCAGUGCUGUCGCCGAGGAGUGCCUUUCCCGUGCCGUGAAGCUGGAGCCCGGCCUGAUCGAAGCCUGGAACACGCUGGGGGAGCAGUACUGGAAAAAAGGAGACCUGACGGGGGCUAAAAAUUGCUUCACUGGCGCCUUGCAACAGAAUAAGAACAAAGUGUCUCUGCGCAGCCUGUCGAUGGUGCUGAGGCAGCUGCCAGUGACCAGCAGCGAUGAGAAAGGCAAACAGGUGCUGGAGAGCGUGGACAUGGCCCGGCAGGCUGUCCAGCUGGACGUCACUGAUGGGACUUCGUGGUACAUUCUUGGAAAUGCCUACUUGUCCAUGUUUUUCACCUGUGGACAGAAUCCACAUUUCUCUCAACAAGCUUUAAGUGCCUACACCAAAGCUGAGCAGGCAGAUAAAAUUGCCCCUUGUAUCCCGGAGCUGCAUUUCAACAGAGCCAACCUCUUCCAGUACGAGGAGAUGUUCGCCUGCGCACUCUGCAGCCACAGCCGGGCGGCGGAGUUGGACCCGGGCUGGGAGGAGCCGCGAGACAGAGAGCGGCAGCUGCUGGAGUACCUGGAACAAGUGACGGCUCUCGUCCAGAACAAGGGGAAAGUUAAAGCACGUCGGCUGAAGCUCAUGCUGUCACACCUCGACACGUCGGCUCUGGGUCCCUGCUCGUCUCCCCAGUUCCGCUCCCCGUCCGGCCGCGUGGGCAGCCUGGUGCCUCAGUCUCUGUCCUCCCUCACACACGGACACACGGCCGGGGCGGCCGCUCUGGGGAAGGUGGUGUUCAGCCUGGCCCCCGAGGGUCGCAUGGCCUUCACGUUCGGCAUGGUCGACAGCGAAGAGACGUGCAUUUUGGUGAUGGUGUACAACACAGCAGACAGCUGGGGCGUCCUGAUCGGAGACUCUGUGGUCAUUCCUGAACCGAACGUCAAGCGACACUGCAUCACACACAAAAACAAGUCGUUUGAUUUUAGGAGCAUUCGAGUCGAUUCUCCGCUGCUGCUCAUCGUCAACGGCAAGAAGCAAAACGUCAGAAGUCAGAUUCCCGUCACCGUCAGCUACACGCAGAAGAGCGAAUGAAA